AUGGAUGGUGGCUCUGCCCCGGCCAUACAAUUUGAGGACCUCCAGGCCCCAAAUCAGAUUCCGCAUUAUCAAGUCGAGGACCUUUCGGUAGAUAUUUUCGACGAUUACGACUGGUCCACCAUGUUCCAGGAUGAAUCAUUUGCCGACUUGGGUCCUUCUUCCCUCGCAGAUAUUGCACAUUCUUUUCAUUAUCCCCUGGCAACAACCUCCGGUGUCCCAGACCAACAAACUGUGCCUGCGUCGCCUCUAACGCAACAAAAGCAGAGGGGACUCAUCAUCAAUACGGAGGCGACCGACCUCUCCGCCUUUGCAUCUCGCCUUCCUUCCCUGGAACCUGAGGAGGUACACCAGAGUGACUCAAUGCCGCUCCUCCGUAGCAGCGACCAAACUGGAGGACAAGCACAUUCUUCUUCUUCAUCAUCAUCAUGGACAGCUCAGAAUCCUCGACGUUGCUUUUUAGAGGUCACCCACGAGUGUCGCCAAAGGGUCUUAAAUGACCUUUUUUCGGACUUCACCAACUUCGUACCUGAUGAUUUUGUGCUUCCAUCGAAGCAUGCGUUGAAUCGUUUCGUGGCAAUAUAUAUUGCGUCUUUCUACGAACACAAUCCGGUUCUACAUCUUCCGACAAUGUCACUCAACAAUACGUCCGUGGAAUUGUGCCUGGCCAUCGCGGCCGUCGGAGCUCAUUACUGUGGCGAAGUCGACACCAGCACGAAGCUCUACCGGGUUGCCAAAGAUGUGGCCUUUGAACGAAUGGACAGACUCGCCGACUCAGCUAUCUCGAACGCACCGCAAGAAAGAGACGGUGCACAACAGUCGAGACUGGUCUGCCAGCAAGGGGAGUGGCCAACGCAAAAGGAUUUCGUUUCGCAGGCGCAAAUUGAACUCAUGCAGACGUUUGUGAUCCUCUUUGGGUUCUCCCUCUGGUUUCUCAAGACCCCCGGGCCAGCCUUACGCUCAAAAGCUUUAUUACAAUCGACCAUACAACGCAACCACGAUUGGCAGAGCUGGGUGCAGGCAGAGACUCUGAAACGAAUCGUACUCGUCUCCUUCUGUCUAUUCAACUUGCAAACCCUAAUCCAUGAAACACCACCUCCGCUCCUCUGGUCCGAGAUCGACAUGUGCCUGCCAUGCAGCGAAGGCCGGUGGAAUGCUACUAGCCCUACGGCUUGGGCAUCUUCGGUCGAACAGCAGGACCUAGGUAAAGCCAUGGUCCAGGAGACACUGCAAAAUCUUUUCAACGAAGAAGGAUCCGGCGUCCCGCACCCAAAUUUCUCAUCCCUGGGCGGUUACUUUCUAAUCCACGCAAUUCUACAACAUAUGUGGAUACUCCAAAAGACACGCCUACUGCAGAGCAAGCCUCUGGAGGAGAGAAGCAGAGAGCAGGAAGCUGUAACCUUUGGACAAUUUCAAAGAGCUCUACGUCAAUGGCGUCGGGGGUGGACCAACGAUCGAGAAUCGUCCAUGAGUCCAGUCAACCCUUGCGGACCUAUCGCUUUUACUUCCACUGCUCUUUUGCGACUUGCUUACGUGCGGCUCAGUUUCUCUGCUCGCCUGAUCCCUCUGCUCAUCAAUACUUGGAGUGCCGAGAAGAUUGCUCGGGCAUUCAUCCAAGCACCAUCCGCAGAGCGAAAUGACCGCACCACGAGGGCGGCACUGCAUUGUGCCCACGCGCUGAGCAUUCCUGUCAAGAUCGGUCUCAAGUUCGUAGCCAGAACUCAAGGCUUCUACUGGUCCAAUCAACACGCCGUCUCAUCUCUGGAGUGUGCGUUGUUCUUGUGUAAGUGGCUCCAAUCCGUGACGAGCCCGGAGGACGCAGAUACAAAUGUUUCAACAAUUACUGAGCAAGAGAUGCUGGUGAUUGAUUUUAUUAUUGCCAUCGUGGCCGAAACUGACCUCCGGGCAUCCAAGGAGGUUCUGCUGCAGACGAGGAACCUCUUGAGUAGAACUGUGGUGAGAAUUUGGUCCCGCUUAUUCCCAGGAGACAGUGCCUGGAAAAUUGUUGAUCUGAUCGGAAGUUCGAUGAGGGCGUGUAUCGACGCCCUAGACUGCAACGCAGGAAUGCUAGGUAAUUAA